AUGUUCGUUUGUUUAGUAGAUUGCGCAUAUAACAUUUCUCGACAGUUGUUCUUCCACCCAGCCGUCGCUCUCACUCCCAUCCAGCCGUAUCCUCUCCCUCACUACCUGCCGUCUCCUCUCCAACCCACUUCACAGUCCGUCCCCUCCACCCCGCCAUCUCCUCUCCCUUACCUCCCUGGCGUCUCCUCCCUCUCCUCCCCGCCGUCGCCUCCCUCCUCCCCGCUUUCGCCUCUCCCUCCUCCCCGCCGUCGCCUCUCCCUCCUCCCCGCCGUCGCCUCUCCCUCCUCCCCGCCGUCGCCUCUCCUCCUCCCCGCCGUCGCCUCUCCCUCCUCCCCGCCGUCGCCUCUCCCUCCUCCCCGCCGUCGCCUCUCCCUCCUCCCCGCCGUCGCCUCUUCUCCCCGCCGUCGCCUCUCCUCCUCCUCCCCGUCACCUCUCCUCCUCCCCGACGUCGCCUCUCCCUCUUCCCCGCCGUCGCCUCUCCCUCCUCCCGCCGUCGCCUCUCCCUCCUACCUGCCGUCGCCUCUCCCUCCUCCCCGCCGUCGCCUUUCCUCCCCACCGUCGCCUCUCCUCCUCCUCACUGUCGCCUCCCCCUCCUCCCCGCGGUCGCCUCUCCCUCCUUCCCGCGGUCGCCUCCGGCGACAAGUGCACGAGCGCAAGCGCGGGUUGGUGUGCGAGCGCAGGUUGGUGCGCGAGCGCGGGUUGGUGCGCGAGCGCGGGUUGGUGCGCGAGCGCUGGUUGGUGCGCGAGCGCGGGUUGGUGCGCGAGCGCGGGUUGGUGCACGAGCGGGGGUUGGUGCGCGAGCUGUUUUCCGAGUUAUCAUGGUUAUCAGCUCCCUUCGUGAAGAAAGGGAGAGACGCGGAGCGCGAGGGAGAGCGUGUGCACGGGAGCGCACGCACAGGAGAGAGCGCGUGA